CUGUCAAAGUCAAAACUCAAAACGUAGUGGUUAAUGGCUAUCAUAUUUUAUAUUCUUUGAAAUUUACUACCAAGUAGUUCCUUCUUGCUUAAAUUAAUUAGUAAUUUUAAGUUUAAAAUCAUGGCAGACAUAGAAAAAUUAACGAUCGGAGAAAUCUAUACUUCCGAGAAGACUGGCAGCGAUAGUACUGGAGAUGGUUCAGCAGAAAAUCCAUUUAAAACAGUCUUACAAGCCAUGCGUCACGCUGGCAAGGAACCGUUUCCGACUAUAUACGUGGACUCCAAAGACGAAGGAAAACAGUAUGACGUAGCUGCAAAAUCGCAGUUAAAGAAAAUCACUAAGAUAUGGAGUCGGGAAUGCUACAAGGCUGUUGAAAAAGCAAAGGCGGACGAUGAUAAUGUUGAAAAGAGACAGCAAAAUUUGGAAGAAGCUAAGAAAAUCAUCUUGAAAGAGGAUCCUUCGUUGCCAAAAGCCACGACUGUGAAAAUACUUCAUGCGGCUGAACAUCGUGGUGAAAGAAUAUGUGUACGUGGUUGGGUCCAUCGUCUACGUCGUCAAGGGAAAUCGUUAGCCUUUCUUACAUUGCGUGACGGCACUGGGUACAUGCAAUGUGUCUUACAUGGCAAUCUCUGUCAGACGUAUAAUGCUUUAGUUCUGUCCACUGAGUCAUCGGUCAUUCUAUAUGGGAAACUAGAAGUUGUACCUGAAGGAAAGUCUGCACCGGGAGGUCAUGAGCUGACAGUCGAUUACUGGGAGCUCAUCGGUCUGGCUCCACCCGGUGGUGCUGAUGCUAUAUUGAAUGAAGAUGCUCUGCCUGACGUUCAGCUCGAUAACAGGCACAUAAUGAUCCGCGGCGAGAACACGACGAAGGUGCUGCGUGCGCGCGCGCAGGUGACGCGCGCCUUCCGCGAGCACUUCGCCGGCCGCCUCUACACCGAGGUGGCGCCGCCCACGCUCGUGCAGACGCAGUGCGAGGGCGGCUCCACGCUCUUCAAGUUCGACUAUUUCGGCGAGCAGGCGUACCUGACGCAGAGCUCGCAGCUGUACCUGGAGACGUGCCUGGCGGCGCUGGGCGACGUGUACUGCGUGGCGCAGUCCUACCGCGCCGAGCUGUCGCGCACGCGGCGCCAUCUGGCCGAAUACAGUCAUGUAGAAGCGGAAUGUCCCUUCAUCGACUUUAACGAUUUGCUGGAUAGGAUCGAGGAUCUCGUCGUCGAUGUUGUCGAUAGAGUUCUGGCAUCGCCUGAAGGACAUUUGGUGUACGAACUUAACCCCAAUUUCAAGAAACCCGAAAAGCCGUUUAAGCGUAUGACGUAUGUGGAAGCUAUCGAAUAUCUACGUGCCAACAACAUUACUAAAGAUGACCAAACUUUCUAUGAAUUUGGAGAAGACAUUCCAGAAGGUCCUGAACGGAAGAUGACUGAUGCCAUCGGUGAGCCCAUACUUCUCUGCAAAUUUCCAGCAGAGAUCAAAUCUUUCUACAUGCUUCGUUGUAAAGAUGACAACCGUCUAACUGAAUCUGUUGAUCUUCUGAUGCCGGGUGUUGGGGAAAUAGUCGGGGGGUCCAUGAGGAUGUGGGAUCACGAGGAACUGAUGGAAGGUUACAAGCGCGAAGGUAUCGACCCGGCCCCCUACUACUGGUACACCGACCAGCGCAAAUUCGGCUCCGUCCCCCACGGCGGCUACGGGCUCGGCCUGGAACGUUUCCUGUGCUGGCUGCUGAACAGAUACCACAUCCGAGAAACGUGCCUCUAUCCACGUUUCUUGGAAAGAUGCACGCCUUAAACGCCAUCAUUUUUUCGUUAAUCAUCAUAAGUAAUUAUCAUUUAAUUCUGUUAAAUAUUAACUUGAUUCCAUGUAUCUUACAAUCAAACUCUUAGUUAAAAUUUAAAUCUGCCUGCCUGUCUGUUACAUUAUAAAUACUAAACCAUUGAA